AGAACGAAGGAGAAGUCACAAAGAGAUCGAGAGGAGAGGUUCAAACUUGAAAGGGAGCUUCCUAUCCCAGUAUCCCUAUCUAUUCAUUUCUUCUUCUUCUUCUUCUCCCGUAGCGUCUUGUUUGCUUACAUCGGCGAAAAUGUUUAUCGAGAGUUUCAAGGUUGAGAGCCCUAAUGUUAAGUAUACAGAGAAUGAGAUUCACUCUGUGUACAACUACGAAACCACCGAGCUUGUCCACGAGAACAGGAACGGUACCUAUCAAUGGGUCGUCAAGCCCAAGACCGUCCAGUACGAGUUCAAGACUGAUACCCGUGUUCCUAAACUAGGAGUUAUGCUUGUGGGUUGGGGUGGAAACAAUGGCUCAACACUUACCGGUGGUGUUAUCGCGAAUCGGGAAGGAAUUUCCUGGGCAACCAAGGAUAAAGUCCAACAAGCCAACUAUUUUGGUUCACUGACCCAGGCCUCAAGUAUCCGGAUUGGUUCCUAUAAUGGGGAAGAGAUUUACGCACCUUUCAAGAGCUUGCUCCCUAUGGUGAACCCGGAUGAUAUCGUAUUUGGGGGGUGGGACAUCAGCGACAUGAACUUGGCAGAUGCGAUGGCGAGGGCCAAGGUGUUGGACAUCGAUCUGCAAAAGCAGUUGAGGCCCUAUAUGGAGUCCAUGGUCCCACUUCCUGGGAUCUACGACCCUGAUUUCAUCGCAGCGAAUCAAGGUAGCCGGGCCAACAACGUGAUCAAAGGGACCAAGAAACAGCAAGUAGAACAAAUCAUGAAGGACAUCCGGGAGUUCAAAGAGGCCAACAAGGUAGAAAAGGUGGUGGUUCUGUGGACGGCUAACACCGAGAGGUACAGCGAUGUGAUAGUAGGGCUGAACGACACCAUGGAGAACCUCUUGGCCUCGCUGGACAGGAACCAGUCUGAGAUUUCUCCUUCCACCUUGUAUGCCAUUGCUUGUGUGUUGGAGAACGUCCCCUUCAUCAAUGGAAGCCCUCAGAACACAUUCGUUCCAGGGCUGAUUGAUUUGGCUAUCAGGAGGAACAGUCUGAUCGGUGGGGAUGAUUUCAAGAGUGGUCAGACCAAGAUGAAAUCUGUCUUGGUUGAUUUUCUGGUUGGGGCUGGAAUCAAGCCAACAUCGAUUGUGAGUUACAACCACUUGGGGAACAACGACGGCAUGAAUCUGUCAGCCCCACAGACAUUCCGGUCAAAGGAGAUAUCAAAGAGCAACGUGGUUGACGACAUGGUGGGCAGCAACGGAAUCCUCUACGAGCCCGGGGAACACCCUGACCAUGUCAUCGUCAUCAAGUACGUGCCAUAUGUGGGGGAUAGCAAGAGAGCAAUGGAUGAGUACACAUCGGAGAUAUUCAUGGGCGGGAAGAGCACCAUCAUCCUGCACAACACAUGUGAGGAUUCACUGUUGGCCGCCCCCAUUAUCCUAGACUUGGUCCUUCUGGCCGAGCUCAGUACCCGCAUCCACCUCAAAGCUCAAGGAGAGGGCAAGUUCCAUUCUUUCCAUCCUGUGGCCACGAUUCUCAGUUACCUAACCAAGGCCCCACUUGUUCCACCAGGCACGCCCGUGGUGAACGCUCUGUCGAAGCAGAGAGCAAUGCUUGAGAACAUACUGAGGGCCUGUAUCGGUUUGGCUCCAGAGAACAACAUGAUUCUGGAAUACAAGUGAAGAAAACACUGAAAAACCCUUUUUUUUUUAAUUGUUUUCGUUUCCCAUUUUGUGGGGAUUUCAGGAAUGGGAAUGUAAUAGAAACUUAUGGUGAUUUCUUUCUUUCGUUCUUGUCAGUCUUUCUUUAAUUUGCAGCCACAUAGUCCACCGAUAGUAAGUAGUAAAUGUCAGUCACGUGAUGGAAGGAAGAUAGCUCAGAUUGCGAUCUGGGAAUGUGACGGGCUUAUGUCUGUGCUGAGUCCUUUUUUUUUUCUUUAAAUUUAAUCGUUUUCACAUGUACUCUGUGGCUUUGGCGUGAUUUAUGGCAAAACCACUACUUGUUUUUGGGUGUAAAAGAUAGGGAAAGAUGWAAGUAAAUAACAAAAAUAUUUGUAGUCA